AUGGGAGUGUGUGUGGCCAAGCAAGCCACAGCCAGAGAUGGCCAGAGCCCACAGGGCAAUGAGUCAAACGUGGCUCGCAAGACUUCCACUGACAACCUGACGAUCUCCUUGGACAGAGCUAAAGCCAUGUCUUUCAAUGCGGCAAGCACCCAUGCACGCUACCAUAGCGCCAGUUCAGGGCGCCAGUUGGAGGAUGACUACGAGAUCUUUCCAAAGCGCGUGCUCGGUGAAGGCUGCAGUGGAUUGGUGAUCAUGGCCAAAGGCCGCAAAGACGGGCGAAAAUAUGCAUUGAAGCGGAUCCACAAGCUGAAAGUACAAGCAAAGGUGCUGAAGCAGUUGACCGCCGAAGUGGAGAUUUAUCUCAUGCUUGAUCAUCCACACAUCGCCGCACUCAGAGACGUGUACGAGACGGAGGCUGAGAUCGCCCUUCUCACUGAAUGUUGCGAAGGAGGCGAACUUUACUCCCGGUUAUCGAACUCCGGCACUUAUGCCGAAUCCGAUGCGGCAGAAGCCACGCAUCAAAUGCUGCUUGCUGUCGGCUACCUCCAUGCACAUCAUGUAGUCCACCGUGACUUGAAGCUGGAAAACUUUUUGUACGAAACACAGGAGUCAAAUGCAGCUCUCAAGUUGAUCGACUUCGGCUUCGCGAAGAUUUGGGACCCUUCCACAUUGAUGUUGGCAUCCUGUGGCAGCAUAGCGUAUGUCAGCCCGGAUGUGCUCAAAGGGGAGGGCUACACCAGCAAGUGUGACUUAUGGAGUCUGGGCGUGAUCGUCUUCAUGCUGUUGGUGGGCUACCCACCUUUUCAUGGCAGCGAGAAGGACAUGCGCACCAACAUCUUGGCGGCCAGUGUCGACUGGAGUCACAAGAGCAGAUGGCGCAAAGUCUCCGAGGAUGCGGUGGAUUUUGUGAAGAUGCUCCUAGUGAAGGACCCCAAAGGGAGAAUGGAUGUGGGACAGGCUCUAGAACACAAGUGGCUGAAGCCUCGAAAUCUCAAGGAUCCGCAUCCGGUUUUGGACCGAGAUGCUCUUAGGGCACUCCGCCGCUAUGCAGACACCUCGAAGGUCCGACGUGCGGUGCUGCAACUUCUCGCGCAAGAACUUGCGCCCGACGAAACGAAAGACCUUCGGGAGGUGUUUCUAAGCUUAGACAAGACCGGAGAAGGCACCAUCUCCCUUGGUGAGCUAAAGCAAGCAAUUCGUGGAGAGGUGGCGCCUGAAGCUACACCCGAAGCGGUUGAAGGUUCCUCUCCCAAGUCUCCGAAAACGCCAGCUGCUCGUCUCCGGCGGGCGAAGUCCGAAGUGAUCGGGAGCCUCUUUGAAGUUCUUGACGCGAAUGGCGACGAGCAGGUGUAUUACUCUGAUUUCCUGGCGGCAACUAUGGAUGUGCGUAAGCAGCUGCGAGAGGAAGCAGUGUUGUCAGCCUUCAACCGGCUUGAUGCAGAUGGCUCUGGGACAAUCAGUCCUGACGAUUUGCGGAAAGUCAUCGGUGAAACUUUUGAGGGCGUCAACGUGGAGUUACUCGUUCGAGAAGCAGAUGCAGCCUGUCGGGGAGAGCUGACUUUUCAGGACUUUUUGAGUUUGCUUGAAGCAACUGAUGCCUCAGUAUCUCCGACUGGUCGGCAGCGGGCCGGCAUUCAGCCAUCCUUCUACCUACAGCCUCAUGUUGUGCCAUGA